UAAAGAGAGCGCUCAUAGCCUUACUAACUCUAUAUAGGCUUGUGUCCUCUAUAGUCAAGGUAUGUGGACAAAACAGGAAUAUACCAUAAGUCUUCGCCGAUGAAAGCACAAGCUGGAUAAUUAGUUCGUUCAUUUUAGACAAAGGCUAAGCGCAAUUUUUUUAAUCAGCGGCAAGUCGCAGCGGAUAAACCGCAGGAUAAACCGAGCCAUUACGCGCAGCACAAAGUGCGUCUAAAUCUCUUGACUACUGGAUAAAAUGUGUCCGUGGUAUUCUGUUGUAUUUUUAGCUGCUUAUGCGUUCAGUGGAACUGCUUCCAAAGGGCUUGAAGCAGAGGAGAUCCUGCCUGUCCGUUUAACGGGACGCACCGGGAGACGCGCAGCGAAAAGUACUGAAGAUCAUCAGAGUUUUAUAUUCACAGCUUUCGGACGCAGUUUUACACUGAAUCUAUACCCAGACACCAGCUUUAUAUCCCCCUCAAUGACAGUGUAUCAUGUCAGAGCGAAGGAUAUAUCUGCAGCCGUACCAGAAAGACAGGUGUCAGUUUCCGACCUAACAGAUGUGAACAAGAGUAAAACUGCAACAGCUGGAUCAGAUCUGCGACGCUGUUUCUUUACAGGAACUGUGAACUUUGAUGAUGAUUCAGUGGUGUCUGUAAGUCUCUGUCACGGCAUUGUGGGAUCGUGGGUUUGGGAUGGAGAUGAGUACCAGAUCAAACCCAAGCGCUUUGUCACUGGGAUGAACGAGAGCACCACCGACCAGCCACAUGUCAUCACAAGACAACAAAUUACCAAAGCACUUGCUCAGAUAGAUGCUGGAAGUUCCCCGGUUUCAGGGAAACCCAGCAGGAUCAGCCCAGGGUCUUCCAGACGCAGACGCUUUGUCUCUGUGCCGAGAUUUAUUGAGACUCUGGUGGUGGCGGACGCUUCAGUGUCGAACUUCUACGGUGGAGACACAAAGCACUAUGUCUUAAACUUGGUGUCCAUGGCUGCUCAGAUUUACAAGCAUCCCAGCAUUAAAAACUCUCUGAGCAUGGUGGUAGUGAAGUUGCUGAUAGUGGAAAACAAGGAGGUUGGACCGUCUGUCUCUAGUAACGGAGGCUUGGCACUGCGUAAUUUCUGUUCUUGGCAGCAGCAGUUCAACCCAUCCAGCCAGAGACAUCCCGAGCAUUAUGACACUGCUCUGCUAAUCACCAGAGAGGACAUUUGUGGCCACCAGAGUUGUGACACACUCGGCAUAGCUGAUGUGGGGACCAUGUGUGACCCUAAAAGGAGCUGUUUUGUUAUUGAAGACAAUGGACUACAGGCGGCCUUCACGAUAGCUCACGAAUUAGGCCAUGUGAUGAGCAUGCCUCAUGAUGAUUCCAAGAACUGUGAGAGGUAUUUUGGAAAUCUGCCCAAGCACCAUGUUAUGGCUCCAGUUUAUACCAGCUUCAAAAAGAAGUCUCCCUGGUCCCCUUGCAGUGCAUUCUACAUCACAGAGUUCUUUGACAAUGGCCACGGAGACUGCUUACUGGAUGCCCCUGAGAAGAUUUUGCCCUUGCCCACGGAGUUGCCCGGUCUGAUUUAUAGCCUGGACCACCAAUGCCAGCAGAUCUUUGGAGAAAAUUUCUCACAUUGUCAAAAUGCCUCUGCUGGGGAUGUGUGCAGUCAGCUUUGGUGCCAGGAGGAAGGUCAGUCUCUGUGUACCACCACAAAUGGGAGUUUGCCCUGGGCAGAUGGCACAGAUUGCGCCUCCAACCGGAAGUGCUUGGAUGGUGUUUGCACUAUGUCUGAGGAGGUAAUAGAACCAAAGGAGGUGGUGGAUGGAGGCUGGGGACAGUGGGGAGAGUGGAAAUCUUGCUCUCGCUCCUGUGAUGGAGGAGUAAUGUUCUCGUAUAGAGAGUGUGAUCAGCCAGCUCCACAAAAUCAAGGGAAAUACUGUGAGGGACAAAGAGUUCAGUAUCGCUCCUGCAAUACACAGGCCUGUGAAAGCAGCCAUGGAAAGAGCUUCCGUGAAGAACAGUGUGGGAAAUAUAACAAUCCCAAUCACUUUGAUAUUCAUGGAAAUGUCAAGCAAUGGAUACCAAAAUAUGCUGGUGUAUCACCACGGGACCGAUGCAAACUCUUUUGUAGAGCAAGAGGCAGCAGUGAAUUCAGAGUGUUUCAAGCCAAGGUCAUUGAUGGAACAGCAUGCAGUCCAGAUUCCACAUCAAUCUGUGUCCAAGGCCAGUGCAUUAAAGCUGGCUGUGACCUCCAGAUUGGCUCCAAUAAGAAGCUUGACAAGUGUGGUGUGUGUGGUGGGAACGGCCUUAGCUGCAGGAAGAUAUCAGGCUCAUAUAAUAAAAUCCUCCAUGGGUACAGUGAUAUUGUAACAAUACCAGUAGGGGCCACCAAUAUUGACAUCAAGCAGCGGAGCCUCAAGGGCAAAAAGCAUGAUGGAAUCUAUCUAGCUAUUAAAAGAGAAAAUGGUGAGUAUAUAUUGAAUGGCAACUUCUCUGUGUCCACUGUCGAACAAGACAUUCCUGCUAAUGGGGCUGUGCUCAAGUACAGUGGCUCAGCGUCCAUCUUAGAACGGAUCCAGAGCUUUCGCCAACUCAAGGAAGCCGUCACCAUCCAGCUCCUGUCCACCUCUGGAGAGACCACCCCAGCAAAAGUCAAAUAUACAUUCUUUAUCCCAAAAGGCAUCUCUUUUGGUAAACCAAAAGAGGGAAAGACAUCUGUCCAUCCUUUCGGUGUUCCACAGUGGGUAGUAGGAGAGUGGUCAGAGUGUUCCAAAAGCUGUGGUUCAGGAUGGUCUCGGAGAACGGUGGAGUGCAAGGAUAAUGCUGGCUUUUACUUUAAUCACUGUGACAAAGACCUCAGACCUGCUGACAUCAGGCCCUGUGCAGAUCUUCCAUGUCCAAUGUGGCAAAUAGGUCCAUGGUCAUCAUGUUCUCAAACAUGUGGUCAUGGGGAACGCCAUCGCAGUGUGGACUGCAUUGAUUUCACUGGGAAGGUUGUUGACAAAGCAAAGUGUGAUUCUUCCAAGCAACCCAACCCAGUGUACGGAGAAUGCAUGUACCAGGAGUGCUAAAUAACACCUAAGCAAACUUUAACUUUAGACCUGUCCUGAAGGGCACAAUUCCAGCAUGGUUUGGUGAUUCAUAUCAACAUUAAUUCAUUAAUCUAGCUCAUUAGUUUAAUACCAAGUUUAGAAGGUUUGUACAAGCUGGUAAAGCACCAAACUGUGCUGGACUCCAGCCAUCUGGGAUCUAGUAGAAUGACAGAAGAAUAAAAAAAAAAAACUACUAACCUCCUUAACGAGGCUUUGAAGCAAAGCAGGAAAAGCUUAGUUGUAGGAUGAAAAACUAAACCAGUCCAAAUGACACGGCUUUGGCCUGUUGGAACAAAGUGUUGUUUCCAACAUUUAUUUAAAACCACUAUUGCUUUAUUUCGAGUAGAAAUCUACCUCAAUAUAUUUAAUCAGCGUCCUCUUUACUGGUUGUUUCCCAUGCAGCUACAAAUCAUUACAGAUCAAAUAAAUCAGUACUCGGUCAUUCUUUCCUUGGGAUUCAUAAUUUUUAAAAAAAAGUUUAAGGUCUGACUGUCAUUUAGGUCAUAUAACAAACUCGCCAACAAUCUGUCAAAUUAAUGACAGUUGAAUUCAUUUCUUAUUACGUUUUACAAUGUGUUCGCAAUACAGUUUUUGUUCAGAGCUAGUAGGAAUAUUGUGAUUUGUUCUAAGAAUAGUGAAAUGAUGAUGAAGUGUAUUUUGAUAUGACAGAGUCUAUAUGGCUUUUCCAUCUUUUUCUGUAGUAAUUUAAACUAAGAAUUGUUUAGUUGUGUAUGUGAUGAUGCAUUUUCUGAAAAGCUGUAUUACCCAAGGAGUGUUCAACCAUUUCUGCAUUGUCACAAGUUGUUAACUUCAUAUGAGCAUUCUAGUUGUGUAUAUUACAUGUAUUAAACAUAUCGAAAAACAGUAAUAUAUAUUAUCCCUUCAGUGAAGGUCCAUGCUAUUUUAUUAUGUCAUAAAAUCUCCAUAGAGUUAUUAUUAUUUUUAGUGUAUAUGUUUUAAAUGGAAACAAAAUAAAAAGGUUAUUUCUUCUGGUGCUGUCUGGGGUUUUUCUGGCUUUAAUAUAUGACAUAUGGGUGGACAUAAACUAAAUGGUCGAAGGUAUGUGGACACCUGACUAUCACCCCCACAUCCGGGUUUUCCCUAAACUGAUGCCACAAAGCUGAAAGCAGACAAUUGUCUCAGAAGACUUUUAUAUGUUGUAGCCCCUGUUCACAAAGUGAGCUUCAUGAAGACAUGGUGUGUUAAUAAUGGUGUGGAAGAACUUGAGUGUCCUUCACAGAGCCCUGACCUCGAAUCCCACUGAACACCUUUGCGAUGAACUGAAAUGCAGACUGAACCCAGUGCCUGACAUCAGUGCCUAAUGCUUUAUUGGCUGAAAGAUCACACUCCAAUAUCUAGUGAAAAGCCUUCCCAGAAUUGUGGAGGGUGGAGGUUAUUGUAACAGCAAAGAGGGGCAACAGCUGAAGUAGGAUGUUCAGCAAACACAUUUGGAUGUGAUGGUCACAUAUUCACAAACAUUUGGCCAUAUAGUAUAUGUUAAAAUGUAGUGUACUAUGAUGUGACUCCUCACCAUUAUCAAUGUAGUUUAAAAUCUCUUGAUAUAAA